CAGUUGACAGAUCCUAAGUUACAGAACAAGGAAAAAAAGAGAAAGAGAUGUGCGAUGCGAUCCUAGAUUCCUAGAUUGCCACGAAAGAAAAGGGAAAUAUAGGAAUAGAAAAACUAUAAAAGAAAAAUACCAAAACCACCCUCCCUAGUCGGGUCUCCUGCCGACCGAAAUUGGCGGGGCCGGGCGGCGAGGAGAGGCUACCAAAUCGACGCCCCGUCUCCCUUCCGCCUUCUUCCUCCCGGCUUCGCCGAGCGACGCGCGCCUCUUCCCACGUCCGGACUUGAGAUUCGGGCGAUCUUGCGCCAUUAGAGAAGGAGAGGAGGUUCUUCAGGUCAGACACGCAAGAGGUUUUCCUGGUCUGUUUUCAUGGCGGCAGCUCCUAGCAACAUUGGCGGUGCUGACAGCAAGGCUCGCAAUGCAGUUGUCAAAUCCGAACCUGCGGAUGUGGAAUACGCCCAGGAUCUGGAGCUCCCGUUUGGUUCGUACGGAGACAAGGUUGCUGAAGAUGAGCACGAACACGGCGGGGAUACCACGGAGUGCUCGAGCUCAUUUGGUGAUUCUGGCUUUGCAUCUGAUGACGACACGGAAUCAGAUGCAGGCAUAAUGGAAGUGGAGUCGCCCCUUUAUUCUCAUAUCAAUGUCCAUGAUACCCCUGCUGCCUCACAUAUUGUCAGAAAGAAAAAGGUGACAGCUGAUUGGAGGAAGUUUAUUGGCCCAGAAAGGUGGCGAUGUCAAUGGUUGGAGCUGCGUAUGAAUGAUCUUUUGUCGCAAGUAGCAAAAUAUGAUAAGGAACUUGCUUUAAUCAAUCACGAAAAGUAUCUGCAGUUGGAGAUGGUUAAAGCAGAUAGACAUAAAUCAGAAUUACAGCAAUUAGACCUUCCAAGUUAUGAAGCUAUGAAGAGGAAGAAAAGAAAAAGAUACGAAGACAGUACAGACACAUCGGCGUAUAUCAAGAAGCAUCAAAUAUUUUCCUAUUAUAAUCAUGAAAACAGAAGGAGUAGAACAGAGAAUGAAAGAAUUGGAGCUGACAAUGAGCUUUUGGCUAUUGAUGACUGUAAUAACUUAGCUUUGUUUCUUAUCUUUUUGUAUGUGGACUAUAUCCUCUUGUCAAUUUGUAAUAAUUAUAUCCUUGAUUUUAAUACAGAUGCGGAGGACACCAAAAUCAGUAUUGGUUCGAAUGAUACAUUGUUAGAGUCAAAGGAAAAUAAUGCUGUCCUAGAACAGUAUUCUUUAAGAAAAAUUCUUUUGGCAAUUGAAUGUAUCCAAACUCGUAUCAUUAAUCUUCAAAAUGAUCUCAGUGAGGCUUACAACAAAAUUGGCCAUCCUCAAAAGUCUCAGAAAAAGAAGGAUACACAUGGUUUACAUAAAAAGAAGAAUGCAGUUAAACCAUAUGGUACAACACAACCAGAUGGAGAUGAAAUUACACCUGAGAUGCUAUUUGACGUAAAUAGUUCUCUACUUGAUCCCCAUAUAGAAGGGAUAUGCCAUGAAAGUGUUGACGAUGUCCUUAUAAACAAUGAGGCAGCUAUUGAGGAAGAAUUUUGUCUGUUUGAGAGGAUUAAGAAUGCAGCUAAAACAUAUUCAGAGCCGAUUAUAAAUGUAGCCGAAGCCCCAACUGCGAAGCUUACAAAGAAGAGAGGGCCAAAGCCAAAGAUGAAACAUGGAAGUGCUCAGCCUAUAAAAGAUCAAAUCAAAAAGUCAAAGAAGAAAAAUAUGGGGACAUGCUUGAACUAUCCAAACACUGGAAACACUGUAUUUGUAGCUGUGGACACGCGGAAGAGUCAAAGAGUACGGAAACCAAAAUUUUUUUGAAGCAAAUGAUGGGGGGCAAUAAUUUUCCCAUCCUUAAUCAAGUAAAAUCUAGCGCCAUUUUUUUUUCUCAAUUUGGUAGCUACAAAUAGCCAAUUGCUAUGUACUUUUUUGUAAUAAGUUCAGCUAGCAAUGGAACACUAGUGACAUAUACUCUCAUUAUAGAUAACUUUCUACGAGGAUUUUCUCUGACCAGACCUGAUUGCAAGCAUGAUUGCAAUAUUGUUUUAGUAUUUAUUCUGCAUUCUAUUUGAGUUGAAGUCAGAACAUAUUGUUGCGUUUAUCUGAAG